GGCGUGCUCGGGCGUUGAUUGGCCCCGCCUGGCCCCGCCCGGCCCCGCCGCGGACUGCAGCGCCCCGCAGACAGGAGCAGUCGCUCGGAAGGAGCGUGGGGAGGGCGCCAGGUGAGCCGCCUGGGGCGGCGGGGCGGAGCUGUCGUGAGACCCCCGCCGCCCAGACCGCCGCCGUGCCGGCCCACUUCCGCCUGGUCCCCGGAGGGUGAGUAAAUUCCCGGAGGAAUUACCGAGCCUGCGUGCGGUCACCUGGCUAACGUCGAGGCCCGCCCCCUUCUCUCGGCAGCCUGGGGCCCAGGCCUGAGCCACCAUGGCGCUGCCCCCAGACCCAGCUGCCCUCCCGCAUACACUGCUGCUCCUGCCAGCCCUUCUGAGCUCAGGUUGGGGGGAAUUGGCACCACAAAUUGAUGGUCAGACCUGGGCCGAGCGGGCACUUCGAGAGAACGAACGCCACGCCUUCACCUGCCGGGUGGCAGGGGGGCCUGGGACUCCCCGACUGGCCUGGUACCUGGAUGGACAACUGCAGGAGGCCAGCACCUCAAGACUGCUGAGCGUGGGCGGCGAGGCCUUCUCUGGAGGCACCAGCACCUUCACUGUUACUGCCCAGAGGGCCCAGCAUGAGCUCAACUGCUCCUUGCAGGACCCGGGCAGUGGCCGGUCAGCCAAUGCCUCGGUCAUCCUCAAUGUGCAAUUUAAACCAGAGAUUGCCCAGGUUGGGGCCAAGUACCAGGAAGCUCAGGGCCCAGGCCUCCUGGUUGUCCUUUUUGCCCUGGUGCGUGCCAACCCACCUGCCAACGUGACCUGGAUCGACCAGGAUGGGCCGGUGACUGUCAACGCCUCCGACUUCCUGGUGCUGGAUGCCCAGAGCUACCCCUGGCUCACUAACCACACAGUGCAGCUGCAGCUCCGCAGCCUGGCGCACAACCUGUCCGUGGUGGCCGCCAACGACGUGGGUGUCACCAGCGCCUCGCUUCCGGCCCCGGGGCUCCUGGCCACCCGAGUGGAAGUGCCGCUGCUGGGCAUCGUUGUGGCGGGAGGGCUUGCCCUGGGCACACUGGUGGGGUUCAGCACCUUGGUGGCCUGCCUGGUCUGCAGGAAAGAGAAGAAGACCAAAGGCCCCUCCCGGCGCCCAUCUCUGAUCUCUAGUGACUCCAACAACUUAAAACUCAACAACGUGCGCCUGCCACGGGAGAACAUGUCCCUCCCGUCCAACCUUCAGCUCAACGACCUCACUCCGGAUUCCAGAGAGAAACCAGCAGACCGGCAGAUGGCUCAGAACAGCAGCCGGCCAGAGCUCCUGGACCCGGAGCCUGGUGGCCUCCUUACCAGCCGAGGUUUCAUCCGGCUCCCAAUGCUGGGCUAUAUCUAUCGAGUGUCCAGUGUGAGCAGUGAUGAGAUCUGGCUCUGAGCCGGGCGAAAUUGGGGGCAGGGGGUGCCCUCUUGGCUCCUGGGCUCCCUCCUCCUCCUCCAAGGCAGCCUCUGCCUGGCUCUGUGGCCAGGUCGUGCCACUACCACUUUUGCUCGCCCUUCUGGCUAGGGUGCCCUCUGUCACCCACGUGACACCUUUCACUGGGAUCUGGCCCUCAGGGGCACAGAUCUCCUUGGCAGAGCCACCAGCUGGACCUUAGCCCCUUGUUCUAACUCAGGUUGGGGGCUUUCACCGAUGCUUGUGCGCAGGCGGGUGGAGCUCUUAUCCAGGUGUGUUUGCAGGUCAUCCAGCAUCUACCGUGGCAUGGGCCUGCCGAGUGUGGUCUGGGCCUGCCCUGUGUCACACGCCAGUACCCUUAGCGCUUUGUACAGCAGGCAUGGGGGCAUGCCCGGGUGGGGGAGAGGGAGGGCCCAGCAUGUCUUCAGUUUCCUCCCCAUGCUAUGCAGCUUUGUUCCCUCAGGGAAAAUUUAGGACCCGGAGAGCUAUCUGGAACCAACCUGCCCUUUGCACAGGAACCAACCCCUGGCCCAGGGGGAAGGGCCAAGCACAAACCAGUCCCUUUUGCCGCAUACCUCUCUGCCCUUCUCUGUCUGUGCCUCCUCUUGGGCAUCAUAGGUUAUACGUGGACCUUCUCCCAUUUCUUCACUGGGCACUAAACUUCCCCCUUGACCUGGCCCCCGGUGGUGCCAGUGCCUGGUAUUAGCACAAGUCAGGAGGAGAAGAGGGAGAUGGGAAGUCUAGGGGCACCCAAGACCGCAUGUAGCUAUGCAUCAUUUUCUUACUAUGUUAGCACUUUAAGCACAUCCCCUGGGGAGGGUGUAAGUGAGGGCCUCCGGGCCCUCUCCGUGGCUUCCCCAAGUCUGGCCUUCGUGUGAAUCACUGUGAGCGCCCUGAGCCCUCGGGGUUGACAGUUUCCCUCUUGGCAUGUCUCCCCACCAUGGGACCCCAUGACCAUUCCCUAACUGCCUCAUCAGCAGGAAGCCGCUCUUCCUGUCCAUCCUCUUCUUCAGGGGAUGGGCAUAGUGGCACAUUGUUUGACAGAGCUAGAAGCUUUAGGGGAACAUGGAGAAAGAGGGGACCACACACCACAAAACAAUCUAAGAACUUUUUGGAAAGCAACAUGGAAAUGAUUGCAAAUUAAUACAGUGCAGAGUAUAUUUUUCCCUUGUUGAAACCUUGUUUUGUAAUUUUUCUCAUGCUCCUGCCUAGGACAGUGCUGAGCACAUGGUAAAUUUAAUAAACUUGACUCCACGAA